GUUGAUACUAAUUUUUUUUUCUUCUGAUACACUUCAAAAUCAAUUUAGAGUCAAUGGAUCAAAAAUAGACGUGAAUUGGUAAUAGAUAAUAGAAGUUGAAGACUCAUCGAUUGUCAAAUGUUUUCACGGUCAAAUAAAGGAAUCAAACAACAACAGGAGUUUGUGGAGAUCACUCAAAGUUCUCUGAUAAUUGCAGCUAGUUAUUUAAAGAAUAAUAAUAAUAAUCUAGAACGAGCCAUACAGCAAUAUUUUGAAAACACGAAGAAGAGUCAAAGUCAAGAUAAUACUAAAUAUGAUCCUAAAUUAAUCAAACUUUAUGAAUCAUAUCAAGAUUCUGAGAAUAAUCAAUUGAUUAGUAUUGAAGGUACGAUUCAAUAUUUAGAAGAUUUACAUAUUGAACCAGAAGAUUUAGAAAGUUUAACAUUAGCAUAUUUAUUAAACAGUACCAAGAUUGGAGAAUUUGAAAAACCCAAAUUUUUAAAAUUUUGGACUAGUUAUAAAAUCAAUGAUUUGAAAAAAAUGUCAAAAUUCAUCAAAGAUAUCCAUCAUAAAUUAAUAACUGAUGACACAGUUGAGAUAAAAUCAACUGAUUCAGAUGGUGCUUCCACGGCAAGUUUCAAAAAUGUGUAUGAAUAUACUUUCCUGGGGUUAUUAGAAGUUGCAAAUCAAAAUAAGAUUGAUUAUGUGUUAUGUACUGAAUAUUGGAAAUUAUUAAUCCCCAUAUUAAUUAAUAGAGAACUUAAGCAAGAGGGGCAAGAUUCAACUAUUGAUGAAAGAGAAUCCCUAAUAUAUACCCGAUUAAAUCAAUGGUAUGAAUUUCUCGAUAUUGAAUACAAACAACAUGUUUCUCAUGAUAAAUGGACCAUGUUUUAUUUAUUUGUCAAGGAUAUAAUUAUAACUGAUCCAUCCACCUUAAAAGAUUAUGAUGAAAUGGCAGCAUGGCCUAGUGUAUUUGAUGAAUAUGUCAAUUAUUUACGAGAAAAUGAACUACUUCAAUGAAUAAAAAUACUGACAUAAAUAGGUUCUAUUAUUAGUAAGCGGUAUAUAUAUAUAGAGUACAAAUGGUAAUCUAGAAAUUAUUAAUUAUAUAUUUUUAUAGAUAUAUCAAAAAUAAAAAGAAUAUAAAAAAGCAAAAAAAAAGAAA